CCACUGCUACGUAUACACACACUCUCUCUCACACACUUUUGGCUGCAGCCUCAGAACGGAACGUUUAGACGAUCGAGCUGUCCGGAAUGGCUUCCUCCCGAAACUCUCACAAACGUGGCGUGCUCUCCUCGUUGAUCACAGCCGCGCUUCUCUUCUCGACAUAUGUCUGCGCUGGACCAGCGCUCAAGGGGCGGCAGCUCAAGCACAGUCACCUACACGCUGCUGUGGACCUGCCCAAGAGAAGCGGCGGCGGCGGCGCUCAAUUAUCGGUACCAGGCCACGUGACUCAAGCAGGUUUCAGGACUGUUGGCUAUUAUGUGAACUGGGCCAUCUAUGGCCGUAAUUGGGGACCUCAGAACAUCCAAUCAGACCAGCUCACCCACCUACUAUACGCCUUCGCUGGCAUUGACAACAAAACCGGAGAAGCCACCUUGACCGAUCCAUUUGCAGAUGUCCAGAAGCAAUGGCCUGGCGACAAUACUACAGAUAACAGCACAGACAACCUGUAUGGCAACCUCAAGCAGAUCUACCUACACAAGAAAAAACAUCGCAACUUCAAAACUCUCCUCUCCAUCGGCGGCUGGUCCCUCCGAACAUACUUUGCUCCGGCCCUAGACAACGAAACCGGCCGCAAGAAUUUCGCCAAAACCAGCGUCCAGUUGCUGAAAGAUCUGGGCUUCGAUGGUUUGGAUAUCGAUUGGGAGUACCCCAAUACCACCAAACAAGCGCAAGACCUCGUAGACACAUGCAAGGAAUUCCGAAUGGAACUCGACAACUAUUCCAAAAGUCUCAACAGUACUCCCCACUUCCUCCUUACCCUCGCCGUCCCCGCCGGGCCGGAUCACUUUCCCUACUUUGACAUGCCCGGUCUUGCUCCCUAUGUCGACCUCGUCCAUCUCAUGGGUUACGACUACCAGGGCAGUUACUUUUCCAACUUCUCGGGCCAUCAGGCGAAUAUUUACAAGAGUGAGGAUAACCCCAAAAGUACCGACUUCAGUACCCAAGAUGCCAUGGACUACUAUCUGAAUACCGGACAUUGGGAUCCGCACAAGCUCACGCUGGGAAUGCCGCUGUACGGACGCGCAUUCGCAAACACCACGGGACCCGGCCAAAAAUUCGACAAUGCGACGGAUGGAAGCUGGGAAAAUGCCAUUUGGGACUACAAAGCUCUCGCAGGCAACUCUUCCUUUGGAGAAAUCCACCACGAUGAACACAUCGGAGCGAGCUGGUCUUUUAACCAAUCCAAUGGCUACAUGGUCUCCUAUGACACUCCCGACAUUGCCCAGCAAAAGGCUUCGUAUAUUGAUCAAUUGGGCCUCGGAGGCGCCAUGUGGUGGGAAAUUUCGGCCGAUACUCCUGUCAAUGGCAGUACGAGUUUGAUUCGCACUGUGACGGAUCAUUUGAGGAGGUGUGGAGGGUUGGAAAUGUGUGGUAAUGUUUUGGAUUAUCCGAUGAGUAAGUAUCGGAAUUUGAGAGCGGGUAUGCCCGGGCAGUGAUGGAGUGUACUUGUGUCUGUCUGUCUGUCAGUGUCUGUCAGGAUGGUUGGUGGUGGGUAGGCGCGGUGGCAAGAAGUGAAGAAUACAAGUGUAUUUAUAUGUUCGGUGGUGAAUCCGGGGGGGGGGACUAUUUAGCUAUCUAAGGCUAAGGAGCCCGGAGAUUGAUGGCGGUUUUAUCAUCGGGCAUCGUAUGCAUGCACAUAAGACGAA